GCCUGUUUCACGCAAGCACGCCCAUAACGUUUACUGCACCUUCUGCUACCUUACCUAUCCGUACAGCAUCCCCUAAGGCCAGGCUGAGUUUGCAACCGGUUCAAUACCAUGAGCAACUCAUAUCGAAGCCGUAUUAGCUGGUAGCAGGGAAAUUUCUUCUUUUUCUUCGUCCCUUCUAUACUUUUGAGCUUCCUUCAGUCCCGUCUUCAUCAACAACUGUCGCUGUCUCGCUCGCUCGCUCGCUCGUUAGGACCCACCGUUCCCGUUCACGAAAGGUUGCAACUUGCUCGCCUUUAACGACUCCAUACUUGUGACGACCUCUUGCUCCUUUCCUAGGCCGCGACAUAACAAAGGCUACCUCAGAUCGACAGAAUUGGCUUGCGCUCUGCAUCUCUUUGUUGUUUCCUUAAUCAUUAAUUCGUUUCAAGACGCUGAUACCCACUACGACUGCCCAGCGACCGACCCACGGCUGUUUUGUUUUCUUUCGAUUUGGCUGGUCCCCGCCACUCACGCGAACGGCUUAGCACGAGAAUAAACAACAAUUUGGUCAAGAAGAUCAUUGUUGAUCGCCGACUGACGGGUCUAUUCCCAUUGAAUCAUUUUAACACGAUCUUGUCCAUCGGUUAUCUCAUGGCCAGAACACGUCGUUAGGCAACUCCGUCAGCGCCACCACCGUCCGAACCCCCGAACAUCCUUCCCAAACCUCAUCACUGGACAGCAACAUUUAGUAUGGCGCCCACUCUGACGGUCACCAGUGGCCUUUUAAGACACACGAUAUACUAUCAUCUCGAUAAUGCCUCCUACCACAACGGCCUAUUCUUCGCCGAACGCUUGCUGGCGCAGGAUCCCAGGUCUAGCGAGUCUACAUACCUCUAUGCCCUAUGCCACUUGCGACUCGGCGACUUUCGCUCAGCCUACGACGUUAGCAAGCCUAUAGGAUACCGUGGUGUUCAUCUGGGGUGUGCUUGGGUUUUUGCUCAAGCAUGCUUGGCUCUAGAGCGAUACAAGGAUGGUAUCUCCGCCUUGGAGAAAGCCCGAAGUUUCUGGGCAUCGAAAUGCAGCUUAGGGAAGCAUAGCGCAACCACUAGAACCGCUCUUCCUGAUGCGCCUGCAGUCCUUUGUCUUCUAGGACGACUUCAUCGCGCAUAUGACGACAAGAAGAAGGCUGUAGCAUGUUUCGAAGAGGCUCUUCAGCUGAAUCCUUUCAUGUGGGAUGCUUUCGAAGCGCUAUGCGACCUUGGUGUCACCGUUCGUGUACCAAAUGUCUUCAAAACCAGCGAUGCGCUCGUACAUAGCUUCGAUGUGGAAACAAGCCCUUUAAUGUCAAGAGAAGGCUCUGUACCAAUCGUACCAGAUAUCCCCAUGAAGAAGUCCCAACGGAAUGCUACAAUGGAUGUUGCAAGCGAUCCCUUCAGCUCCGGUCAUUCCCCAACCAUCCACGAGCUUACUAACGGCGACUCUGGCCAGGAAGUCGAUAAGAGCGAAUUCAUGCAGAAGAUCCAAGAGGGACGCAUGCGCUAUGCGACAUCGACUAACAGCAGCUCUGGUUUUGAAGGCAUGGAGACACCUCCAGGACAAGGCAUGCCCAAGCUAUCGACCAGCCGCAGGAGGCACCCCCACGAAUGA